CUAGAAGACGUCCUCCUGGUUGACGUGUUCCUCAAGACAACUGUGAAGAUGGCUCACAGCGACCAACGUAGCUCCCCCACAUCUGACCCUCGCCUGCACACCACCGUUAUUACAACUCUUCCCUGUGGUACAGACGGCGACGAGUCUAUUGGUGAUAAAGAUGCCGGCCCCGUCUCAACGCAGACACACAGCAACGAUUACUUGAGAGGUGAGGCUACAAGCCAAGUCCUUCCACAUGCAGAGAGUGGCGAGCAUGCGAGUGGUGAAGAUGCUCACCACACCCCUCCGUGUACAAACGACAACCAACGUGUGAAUAAUGAAGAAACAGACCCCAUCCUUCAGUGUUAUGACCGGGGUAAACAUAUGACUGACACGUAUCAUAGUCAUCCAAGUACAGGUGGUGACGAACAUGGCUGCCAAGUGAUGUUUGUCUCCAGCAGUGAUGAGAAUAUCAGCGUCGGAGUGCCACACGGCUGGAGAAUAGCGACCCCGUCACAAGGCGACAUUGCUUCCUAUCAGACCAUGUUGACAACAGUUCAAAAUAUAGCAUCACUUGCAACGGGCUUCAACACCGCAACCUCUAAAGUGGGCGAAGGAGACGUAUCUUUCAUUGAAAGUGAAUCUGAAACAUGCGACGAUAAAGAUCAAAAUCUAGACUUGAACAUCGAAGAUUCACCAGCCACCGACAGUGAAGGUUUUUUCCGCCACGGAGUGUUUAUAAUGAGUAGGAAGCAACUGGAAGACGCUCUGAAGAGGGGUAGAGGAGUGGUGCGGACUCGGUUUCCUCCAGAACCAAGUGGCCCUUUGCAUAUCGGCCAUGCCAAGGCUCUCCAUGUCAACUUUAGUGUUGCUGAAAACUACAAUGGCGAGUGUAUACUGAGAUUUGAUGACACUAAUCCAACCACGGCUCGUAGAGAUCAUUGUAAUAAUUGUAUGGAAAUGAUUGAAUGGUUGGGAUAUAAACCGACCAAAAUUUCAUUUACAUCUGAUUAUUUUGACGUCUUAUUUCAGUAUGCCAUAGUAAUGAUUACCAAGGGUAAAGGUUAUGUCUGCCAUCUUGAAUCAGUUAACUCACCUAUCAAAACUAAAAGUUUUAUGGUAUCACCCUGGCGAAACCGUUCUAUAAAAGAUAAUCUAAGAGAAUUUUAUAAAAUGCGUGAAGGAGGCUACGUGGAUGGGCAGGCAGUGCUGAAGAUGAAGGUGAGCACACGUUCAGGAAUUAUAGAUCCUGUAGCCUACAGAAUCGUCUCUCGGGAACACUACAGGACAGGUGCACGAUGGUCCGUGUACCCAACUUACGACUUUUCGCAUCCUAUCGUAGACUCCCUGGAAGCUAUCGCUGUGUCACUGUGCACAUUUGAGUUUGUAGGUCGCCGUCCCUUAUAUGAUUGGGUGCAAAAUAUUCUUAACCUGCCGAGAGUUUGUCAAAGGGAACAACGAAGACUAGAAAUACCAUUUACCAUUACGUCUAAGAGGCAACUAAAUAAUCUUGUAGGAAAGUUCUUUGAUGAUUUUGAUGACCCUCGUUUGGUUACUCUGGCUGGUUUACGCCGGCGUGGAAUUCCACCUUCGGCAAUUCGUAAGUUUGUGUCUGCAGGUAAACAUGAGUACAACCAGUUGCUGGACAUUACACGAAAAGUUCUGCUGCCCGUGUGUCCUCACCGGCAGGUGGUGCUUCAACCCCUUCUCUGCAACGUUGUUAAUUAUGAUGAACUGACAGCAGCAGCAAAUGAAAAUCCACUCGUUGCCAGAGUUCGAGAGUUUGGCUAUGACCUUCACAAAACAAGCAGAGAUGUUUAUAUAACACGUCAAAUCUACAUAAACACGUUCGACUUUAACGAGGACGACGAAGCCAGCAGGUACUGCUUGACGCCAUCUUCAAGUGUGCAUCUCUACAGUACAGACUAUGUCAUGCGAGUCAUGCGCCUCAACUAUUCACAUGAUAAAGUCAUUGAACUUGAUGUUGUCCUCGACAAAGUUUUGGUCAAGAACCGUCAAAUGAAAGUGUUAACAUGGGUAUGUAAUCCUGUUCAAAUUAAGGUAAACCUAAUUGAAUAUAAAUUUCUAGAGCCUAAAAAUGAGCCGGUUCCCAUAAAGUCAGCUACAGCACUAGCAGAGCCUAGUCUAGUCUCUGAGGUGAAUAUAGGCUCAAACUUUACAUAUGGGCAAACGUAUCAAGCUGAACGGUUUGCUUUCAUCACAUUGGACCCAUCAUCAGUUCCUAAUGAUUACAUCUUCAAUAUAACCUGCUUUCUUCAUAUUCACGACAAUUUGCAAAAGUCUGUGUUGAAUGUGUUUCAGUGAAAUCAUGGCCAUAAGACCAUGCUAAAGGAAAUCAUUAUUGUAAAUUUUGUUUUUUAACUAUUUUUGUGAUGAAUAAUUAUAAAGUUUAAAGAAUACGGAUAUUAUCUAUGUAACUUAGUUAAUAAA